AUGAAUGAAUUAUGUUGUUUUUUACCAAAAAUAUCUUUAAAAAUUUACUGGCGUUAAUUAAAAAUUUCUUUUGGUGAGCAAAUAACUAUUUACUUGAUAUUAUUAAAAACUGAUAAAUUAUCAUUACUUUUUUUACUAUCUUAGAUAAUAAAUUUGUUUAUUUAAUCUGAUUAAAUAACAGCAUCAUCAUAAUUUAUUUAUUUAUUUAAUUAUUAUUAUAUAUAUAUAUUACCCUAGGGUACUGUCUUUUUCAAGGCUACAUACACGAAUUUUCUUCUUUGGCUCUUUUGUUUUAUUUAUAUCAAUAAUUAAUUUUUUUUUUAAUAUGAAAAUUCUAUUAAAGUUUCUACCUUAUAUAAAAAAUAAAUCAAGCACAUACUGAUAUCUUAUAUUAAAUAGAUAGAAUAAGCCUUGUAAUAAUAAUAAUAAUAAUAAAAGAAUCAACGUUAAAAAAAUCAAAGGAAAGCUAACAAAUUUAAUUUAAUUAACUAUCCUAAAAUUUGUAUUUUUAAUUCUACUUCUUCUGAGAGAAACAAAAUUGAUUAGCUUUUAUUACAUUUCGAAAAAUUAUUAUGUCCUUAAAAUAAAAGAUAUUCGUAUUUUAUGAAAAAAUUAUUCCUAUUAUUAAUCAAAAAUUAAAGAAUUUAUGAAUGA